AUGUGUAUAUUAGAUCGUUACAGUCACAAGAUGACUUCAUUAUAUGCUAAAAGAAUGACACUACUCGCUGGACGUAUAUUCAAAGAUGUCGGUAAACCAAUUGACAAUAAAUCAAUGAAAGUUGUCAAGAUAAUGAGUGAACUGCCACGUCCAAUGAUGCUCAAAGAUUAUUAUCCAAAUUUAGAAGAGUAUAGCAGUAUCCUAUGGAAAUUACGUCAUGUCGGUUUGUAUAGAGAUGAACAUGCUGAUUUUCGUGAAGAGAUGGCACGUUUGCGUGAAUUACGUGGUAAAGGCAAGAAAAAGAAAGGUGAAGCGGAGAAGCAAACGAGCAAGUGA